UUUGGUGGGGCCGAUGUUGAACGAUGCAAGGAUCACCAUACUCUCCGCAUCACCCGUUAAGCCAAUAUUAUGCACUAUACGGUUAUACCCACCAGGUACCGAUCUUAGGUACCUAACUUACCCCCCUUUUCCCGGUCCUAUUUACGGUCUUUACUCAUACAAUAUAUAUAAUGAAAGGGCUAGCGUAUAAUUGCGUGGAUGGAGGAGACAAGACGUACCAUAACUGUUGAUUACCGGAGAUAGAAUGUCUAGUACACAUGUAAAUUAAUACCCUUGACCAAACGAAAUCGAUGUGGCUGAAACUUUCCUGAUCCUGCGUCAGCUUUACCAUAUCUAGCAUGUCUUAUGUUGAAUCUAUGCGGGUUAUCUCAUGAUUAUUUCCAGUUUAGUGUUACUCCCUAUAUCUGACUUUAAAUAUACAAGAGAUGUAAACCGGAUCUAACAAGAUGAGCCCAGUUCCUAUAAAUAUCACAGGGUCACUAUGCGAGCUUUGCUAUCAAUUCAUCGACAACCUCUUCUUCUUCGGCUUUACUAGACAGGUCGUUUAUUCGGCGCGGUGGCUGCCAGUAGGUUCAGAAUGGACACCAGAGAAGCCCUGGGGAGAUGCCUUCCGUCACUGCGAGACGUUCGGAGACCUCACAAACAGUGCUAAGACGUGUGAGCUUUGUAGCAUCCUCUACGUGGACCUUGCGCCUUUGGACGCAACUCUACAUCAAGGCUGGUUGGGUUUAUACCCGUUCUGGUCAUCGGGUCGUAUAGGGGACAACAAGCUGAAAGGCCAUUUUCGCGCUGGUUUCCGCGACUCUCUGCAAAAUAUGCCCUGGGGAAGCAACAAGAUUGGAAGUAUCCCACUACACAGCUUUAGUAUCUGCCGACGAGAGCAUUUAAGAAAAGGAGAAGACGUACCUUGGUUAGAUGCAUAUAGAAGGAUCCCAGCCGUACCAACGACUCUAACCCCUUUGCAUAUCUCCCAGGUCGCGGCUGAGUGGCGGCAAGAGUGUACCGAAGUUCACCCAAACUGUGUUAAAUCCAACUCGGAUAAUGCACUUCCAACAAGGGUUAUCGACAUAAGCGACAGCAAUACAGGAAGAAUCUAUAUAUACGAGACAAAAGGCGAAAAGAUGCCAUAUGCCACACUCAGCCACUGUUGGGGUGGUAUAAUCCCAUCGGUUACCACAACGGUUAACUUGAAGGUAAGAACCAGUGGAAUGGAGAUCGACGAACUACCCCAGAACUUCAGGGACGCUAUCGAGGUUACCGGAGCUCUCGGGUUUAGAUACCUGUGGAUAGACGCUCUGUGCAUCAUCCAAGACUCGAAGGCAGAUUGGGAUCAGGAAGCUGGGAGGAUGUAUUCCGUGUACGCGGGCGCCUCGAUAGUGAUAUCCGUCCUCGAUUCUGCGGGUAGCACCAAGGGCUUUCUUAAGCCAAACAGGGCACCGCUGUCACUAAUAAGCGACGAAUAUGCCGUCCAGAAGGUGUAUCCCGAUAUUAACGAAUGCCUUACGGAAUGCCCAUUAAACGGUCGUGGUUGGUGCAUGCAAGAAAGACUUCUGGCCAAACGUGUGCUGCACUUUGGAAACGAACAGAUGUUCUGGGAGUGUCUCACUGAUUUUAAGUGCGAGGACGGAAAGAAUUACACCGGCGAGUCGGACGGGCACUUCGUAGCAAAGUUCAUGAAGAUCCGAAAACAGAUUGGUGUAUGCGCUGCCCAAGGUGUCGAGUUAGAUUGGAAGGCAUGGUAUCAGUUGCUAGAAGAGUACACUACACGGAAGUUCACCAUUUCUACUGACAAGCUACCUGCGGUUGUUGGAGCAGCGGCAUUAUUCAAGUCUACUAAGCCAAGUGCGACGUAUAUUGCCGGCUUAUGGCAAGAAGAUAUCGCGCGUGGUCUCCUAUGGUGCGCCCACUAUUACCACGCGCCAGGCCGGAAGGUUUGGGGAAUAUCAACGACCGACGAGAUAUCCGAACUAUCUAAACCGCCUACGAAACGCGCACCUAGCUGGAGCUGGGCUGCCCUCGACGGUGCACUCGACUUUUGGGCACUCCGGAUAGGGGGAUUUGUCGUUGAAGUCUUAGAUGUGGCAAUGGAAGCUGAGAAGGAGGCUGUAUAUGGCUACCCGGAUGGAAGUAUAAAACUCAGGGGUCGCCUUGCGCAGAUGUUCUAUCACCCCCCCGAAGAUAGUAAACACGACGUCGGCGUCUUGACAUUUGAGCCAACCGACUCUCCAAAUUUUCAUUUCGGGCCAAUAAAUAGCUGCGUCAUGGAUUUAGAUCGCCAGUCACCGCAACCGUGCUGGGCGUUGGUAAUGACAGAGUCACCUAACGACAAGUACUUGCUUGUCCUCCACAUGCGAAAGGAUGGAACUUACCGGAGGGUCGGAAUGAGUGCUGUACAUGGGCGAGAGGUUGGUCUAAAGAGGUUCAGAACACAAGAAAUUCGUAUCACUUAAAAUUAUUAAAAUGAAAAUACAAAAUGAGUAA